AAUUCUUACAGCAACCUUAAGAUUCAUGUGGUAGUUGGGAGGGAAGAUGAAAUACUCCAAUUCACACAUCUGACUGCUGAAACACUGACAAUUGCUGGGAUUAUCUGGGCUCCUUGGACCCAGAUCUGGAUUGUGUUGCUCAUAUGCUCCUCUUGGAGAGAUUGGUCAACAGCCAGCAUGAGGGAUUUUCUCCAAUAUGCUGGUUGCUUUUUGGCAUUUUUCUCAACUGGGUUUUUAGUAGUGGCCACCUGGACUGACUGUUGGAUGGUGAACGCUGACGACUCACUGGAGGUGAGUUCAAAAUGCCGUGGCCUCUGGUGGGAAUGUGUCACAAAUGCUUUUGAUGGAAUUAGAACGUGUGAUGAAUAUGACUCCAUACUUGCUGAGCAUCCAUGGAAGUUGGUGGGAACUCGAGCAUUGAUGAUCACUGCAGAUAUUCUGUCUGGGUUGGGAUUCAUCACUCUGCUCCUUGGACUUGACUGUGUGAAGUUCCUCCCCGAAGAACCUAACAUCAAAGAUCGGCUCUGCUUUGUGGCUGGGAUCACAGUGUUAAUAGCAGGUGUUCCAGGGAUCAUUGGGUCAGUAUGGUAUGCUAUUGAUGUCUACGUGGAACGAACCUCUUUGGUUUUUCACAAUGUGUUUCUGGGAAUCCAGUAUAAAUUUGGCUGGUCCUGCUGGCUUGGAAUGGCUGGUUCUAUAGGAUGUUUCUUGGCUGGGGCACUGCUCACCUGUUGCUUUCAUCUCUUUAAAGUAGAUAUUGGCCCUGGGAGACAUUACUCUUAUUCCAAGAGGACAUCAUAUUCAACUGCUGCAAAAUCAAUAGCAAAGACAUAUGUACCCUCUCGAACAGAGACUGCCAAAAUGUAUGCAGUAGAUACCAGAGUUUAAACAUCUACGCAAAUCCUGGAUAGAAAACUCCUGGCCCUUUCCCUGAUCCAUUCAUAUUCAUUUAUUAUAGUAACCAUUCUUCUCAUUCAUAAAAAUAAACCAAAGCAACCUCCAGGAAAAUCCAGAGGUUACAGUCUCAUGUCAUAAUUGAUGGUCCUUAAUUUGCAAGACACUUUUAGAUUCAAUUGUAAAUUUCAGUUGAAUGAAUGAUUCAGCAUUGUGAAAAAAAUGAGUCUUCUAAAUCACUACUAGCAUCAAAGCCAGCAACUGGGAAGGAAUCAUGUCUACAACUCGGUUGUAUUGUUCUCUCCCAAGCACCUAGUACAGUACUCUGCACACAGUAAACACUCCAUAAAUACCACUGAUGGACUGAUGAAUUGAACUCUUUCACAUAGCAUAGACAAUAUAAAGCAGACAGGUGUCCACAAUGUUGGGACAUAAAAGGUAAAAACCAUGGAGUAUUUGCCAAAAAUUCCAGUUGUGAAAACUGUCUACUAUCUUGUCGCUUAGAAGAAAUCUGUUGAUGGAAAACUGCCAAUUCUCUCAACUCUCCUGUAAAAUAUAUGCCUUAUUGUGACUAUAAAACCUAUUCUAAAGAAUGAUGAAUAAUGAUUAACAGUUGCAUUCAUAUUCAGGACAUUAUCAUGGUGAUGAUUUUACAAUAACAACAGAAUGCUUGGUUACUAUUUGAAUUGGAACUGGGAGAGAAAUGCUCAGGAUACUUAUUAAAUUUUAUUACAGGUUUGAUGAGUCUCGUAAUCCACCUGUUUAACAUUAUCAUCUGCUUGACUCAUUUCUUUGAGAUUUAAGUUCUGAAAGGAAGUAUUCGAACCAUCAAGUUGGAAAUGUUAACCAGGUUUUUCUUCCCCUAAGGAUCAAGUAUUUGUGAAAGUGAGAUUUGAACUUGAAGAACCCAUUCCAGUAAACCAAGUUUAAAACCCGGUAUUAGCAUUAAGGGACAUUUACUCUUUUCUUUUUACUAAUUGUUUCAGGGAUUUAUUUUAUAUUUAUGAAUGUUCUGGAAGACUAAGGUGAAAUUUGAAAUGUGUGAAUGUCCUGAGUCAUUUUUACUAUUAAAACAAGUUUUGUAUAUACCUGGAGGAA